AUGGAACCCAACGGUGCCGACAUAUCCCUCUACUACGAGGUUGCACCGGAAACACCACCGCUUACACUCGAGUCACUUGCUGAACUGGACAUGUCAAGAAUCAUUAACAACCCGAAACUGCGUCAUGAUGUCAACUUUGACCGCGAGUUACAUUUUCGGCCUAACCUAGAUGGAUCAAAAGGGCGAGAGAAACUGCAAGCUGCCGAUCAGUACUGGCUGGCACUUGAAGGAGAGCUUUUCAUGUACCGGUUUGCGGCGGAGCGGAAGGCACAGUCCUCAGAUCCCACACAGAAAACGUACUGGAACCGCAUUCACCAGGGCACACAGCGGCGAUUGCGGCAAGUGUUCGAAACGGUCCGAGAUAUUCUUCAGACGCUAGUUCCGGACCACGAGCAGAAGCGUGUUGCGGCACGGUUGGACGUAGACUUAAUCAUGCAGGAGAUCAUGAACGGCGUCUGCGAUCUCAUAGAUCUCAGUAGCUGGCUGGCCAAGGUUCUAAAAGCGCACUGUGCACCCAUGCGCGAUGGGCUUGUCGACGCAAUGCAAGCUGCCAUCGAGUGCGGCACGCUUGAAGGCAGGAACGACAAACUGGUAAGCGGCCUCCGGCAGCUACUCGCGAUACUGGAAGCCAUGAAGCUUGAUGUGGCAAACCAUCAAAUCCGGCACAUGCGCCCACUGCUCAUUGACGACACCGUCAACUUCCAACGAAAGUACAACGCUCACAGAGUGGCUUCAGGCAAGGUCAACGUAUCACGGUGUCAGCAAUGGUUGCAAAACGAGAUCGAGCUUCUCGGCAGCCGUGGAUCGGAAGAGGCCAAGCCAACUCCGCUUACCGCACUAACGUCAGCACUGCUGGCGGAUAUUCUAUUUAACGAAGCGCAUAGUUUCCCGCAGACGUUCUAUCUCGACCAUGAGCGCUUGCGUGUCAUUCGCACGGACGUGCGUAGCAUCAUCUGCCACGCCCUUUGUCGCGAGUUCCUUGCGGAGCUAACGCCUGCUUGGGUUUCGAGGACCGAAUUGCUGAAGGCUCAAGCUUUACUGCAAUGCGCAGUAUCGGCUGUGGUCGGCAUGUCAGGACGUUUUGCCGAACGCGUCGAGAAUAUCGCCGUUGAGAUUGUGCGCGUACUGCUCGUUCUCCAAGGUCGCUACCCGCCCUUCGACAGCACAUUGCUCACCAUGGUCGAGCAAAAGUUACGCCAGAAGUUUCAGCCGGUGUCGGCGGCCUUCGACGAGCUUGCUAAGAGCACUCGUCUACGGUUACUGCCGAAGCUGAUAGCCAGCAUCGAGAUGCAUCUUCGUAUGUCCGCACUAGAGCUACAAGAUGCGCUCGUGGCGUCUCCAGUCCACCAUCGUUUACCACCACCGCCAUUCGGCAUGGGCGCUGUUUGCGCACCGGCUACACCGGCGAAGCAGUAUGAUCCGGACGAGGAUAUUGUCAGGCGCCUGACGCACGUUGUAUGUUUGCACUGGCACGUCUGGGCGGACAUUGUCUACCUCGCGCAUCACGAAUACCCUGACGACUUGGACUACGACUCCAUCUCACGCACCAGCUCGCCAACCCUCGUCUCUGCCAGCUCAAGCCCCACGAUUCCCGUAGCGCAGGCAGUCUACGCACCUGGGAGGAAAUGGCUACCAGAUGGUGUGACCGUUACCGAGGUUCCAAAUAGCAGGCCUCCUAUUUCGUCGACGUUCGAGCCAGCCGUCCUACCGGAGCCAGGAUGCACUAAGGGCGAGGAAAGCGACGAACAACCUGAGCAAGAUCCAUAUGACGCGCAACAGCAGCAGCCAGCUUGA